AUGAAGUCGGAGAACGGUCAUUCCAUAAUAACUGGGCUUGGCGUCACACUAUGGCUUUGUCCGAAAAAAGGGACACCUCUCUACGACAAAUUGACCACUUUGAACAGCUCGCUAAACACGCUUUUUCCUGGCCAAGCGCCCCGAUUCGAACCCCACGUCACCAUCACCACCAAUAUCGACAUCGACUUGGAAGACAAGGAGAAAACCCGCGAGGAAGUGGACAAAAUUCUUUCUGCCAGUGCUGUGGCUCUUCGAAGCUUGCCUCAAAAUCAUGAAAAAUUAGUCACUCUUGGCAAGUUGAACAGCCAGCGAUACCGAUUCAAGAAGCUCUACUUGGAGGUGGACCGUGACCCCAACCUUGUGUCUUUUGCGAGAAUAAUACGGGAACUAUUUGUGGCAUUACCUCAGUGUAAGGAGAAACAAAAUCAGCAAUUGAACCCGCAAUUGUACACGGUAGAUUCUCAUGGAGUGGCGGUGAAAAGGAGCUUGUCAAAGAAACUGAAGCGUAACUCUUCCGAAACAAGUUCUCUCAAACCAAUUGACUUACAAUUGGCACAACAGGAAGCGGCCGAAAUGGCGGCUCAAUGGAGCGUAGAAGAAUUUCAACCACAUGUGUCCUUAGUUUACAGCUCAUUACACCCCAUAGAUAACGCACUUUGGCGAACCAUCAAGACCCGAAUCCAGGACUUUCUUAAUAUUCCGUCCUGUGACAAUUUGAGGGACCAUGGGUUUGGCUGGGAUGGAGGUGUGCUCAAACUAGUGUAUUGUGAGGGAGAUGUGGGUGACUGGGUCGUGUUGGGAAGUGUAGACAUACACUGA